GAGGUGAGCGCGGCCCUGAGGGGAACCGGAGGGGGCGGCUCCGGGUUGGGGCUUUCAGAGCCCCGGGGCUGCGGUAUUCCGGGCCUUGGGGUUGAUGGGGAACCGGGCUGAGUGAUCUAGGACGUGGAACUGGGGUAGUGUCCGAGGAAGGCCCUGGAAUAGCAAGGCCCAGCUGAGAAAUACUUCCCUGUGUUCUCUGUGGCCUCUUGAGCUGCAAACUGGGAGCAAAUACACUGCAGGAUGUUCCGGCUGCGGUUCGUGCCCGUGGCCGCGGGGCUGGCGGCGGUGUCGCGGCGCUACCACGGCACAGCCCCGCACGCCGGCGCCCGGCGGAGGCUCCUGGUGGCGGCUUUCCUCGGGACCUCUGCGGCCACAGCAAGCGCCAGAUUCCUCUGGCAGAGAGCUUACGCUGAAGACUCAGUCAGACACGGCCCGAGGGCAGAGCCGGGGGAGAAGGUGAAGCACGAGGAGGAGGAGGAGGAGAGCAGCGGCAGGAGGGCGGUGGCCUCGGGCGAUGAGGAGGCGCCGCCCGAAGGGAAGAAGAAGAAACGUUCCGGGUUCAGGGACCGCAAGGUGAUGGAAUAUGAGAACAGGAUCAGAGCCUACUCCACACCAGACAAAAUCUUCAGGUACUUUGCCACGCUGAAGGUCAUCAACGAGCACGGCGAGUCCGAGGUUUUCAUGACCCCGCAGGAUUUCGUGAGAUCCAUCACCCCCAACGAGAAACAGCCAGAGAACUUGGGCCUGGACCAAUUCAUAGUGAAACGCUAUGAUGGGAAGAAGUUGUCCCAGGAGAGGGAGAAGUUUGCCGACGAGGACAGCAUUUUCUACGCGCUCGGAGAAUGUGGCCUCAUCUCUUUUUCUGACUACAUCUUCCUCACCACAGUCCUUUCCACUCCCCAGAGGAAUUUUGAAAUUGCCUUUAAGAUGUUUGAUCUGAACGGUGACGGCGAGGUGGACAUGGAAGAGUUUGAGCAGGUGCAGAGCAUCAUCCGUUCCCAAACCAGCAUGGGCAUGCGGCACCGGGACCGCUCCACCACCGGCAACACGCUCAAAACCGGCUUCAACUCGGCCCUCACCACCUACUUCUUCGGGGCUGACCUCAAGGGCAAGCUCACCAUCUCCCACUUCCUGGACUUCCAGCGCAAGCUGCAGCACGAUAUUCUGAAACUCGAGUUCGAGCGGCACGAGCCCGUGGACGGGCGGAUCACGGAGCGGCAGUUCGGCAGCAUGCUGCUGGCAUACAGCGGGGUGCAGUCCAAGAAACUCACUGUCAUGCUCAAACAGCUCAAGAAGCACUUCCAGGAUGGAGAGGGGCUGACAUUUGAGGAGGUGGAGAACUUCUUCACUUUCCUGAAGAACAUAAACGACGUGGACACAGCUUUGAGCUUCUACCACAUGGCUGGAGCUUCUCUUGAUAAAGUGACCAUGCAGCAGGUGGCCAGGACAGUGGCCAAGGUGGAGCUCUCGGACCACGUGUGCGACGUGGUGUUCGCGCUCUUCGACUGCGACGGGAAUGGGGAGCUGAGCAACAAGGAGUUUGUUGCCAUCAUGAAGCAGCGGCUGAUGCGAGGCCUGGAGAAGCCCAAGGACAUGGGCUUCACACGGCUCAUGAGGGCCAUGUGGAAGUGUGCCCAGGAGACAGCGUGGGACUUCACAGCUCCCAAGCAGCAGUAGCAGGGGGAAGGAGCACCCCCAUUCCCUGGAUCAGCUCUGGAGAGCCCAGGCUGGCUGAAACAAGAGGGGUCAAGCCAAAUUAGAAAUCCACACCUGUAUUUGCUUGCUGCUGGCUCCGUAAUAUUCCUCUCUCAGGAACAAGGAAAGGACUUUUACUGCCACCACCUCUGCCCUGGUUGAGAGCUGGACCCCAAAUCACCUUUAUUUAAUUAAUGCUAUGAAAAGAUGGCAUGGAGUUUAUUUUGAUUCUCAGACUGCUCCUCAGAAAAGCUGGGCAAUUCCUGGAUUUCCUGCAUCCCAGACCAGGAUUCAGCCAGCCAAAAGCUGCAGAAGGGCAGCAGUAGUGGAGCAACUGGCUCUCCUGCCCUUCCUGCCUUGCACAAGCAUCCUGCUGCAGGAGCUCCCUGACUGAUUUCCUAAAUGGAGAGCCCUCUCCAUGGGGAAUUGUACCAGGAAGGGGCUGACAGAAGUUGUUUCCUGGGUGCUGUUCUCUGUAAAAUACCAUGUAAAGUUGUUGCUCACAGCA